GCUGCCCGCGCGCCUGCUGCUCGGCUGCACAGCCGCUGGAGCAACCCCGGCCACGAGACUCUUGACAGCGACGCGGUCCGCGCGGCUCGGGAGCGCAGGGACGGACGGACAGCGGCGGCGAAGGAGGACGCGAGCGCUGCGGCCGGGAGCCAAGUGCGGGAGGCGCGCGGGGUCGGCGGCGCGCAGAGAUCUCCUCUGAGGCAGCUGGAGCUCAAAUCUCCCCAUCCCUGAGGAUUCGGCCAGCCAGGAGAGGAAAGAGGAUGGCACAGGGCUUACCCAGGGCUGAGCAGUGAGCCACAGCUCUUUGAACCUACAGCUCCGACUGGGAAGCUCUACCACUGGAGUGACUCGGGAAGAAUUGAUGCUCUGGCCCCCAGCGACAUGUGCAUGGUGUAAUGACAGGAAAUGAGCAGGUUUGCAGAAAGACUGGUGGCCUAAAGCUGAAGCCUAAGGAGUCGGUGUUUGGCUCUGGCUGAGAACAUGGCCAAUGACAUUGAUGAGCUGAUUGGCAUCCCUUUCCCUAACCACAGCAGCGAGGUGCUGUGCAGCCUCAACGAGCAGCGGCACGCGGGGCUGCUGUGUGACGUGCUGCUGGUGGUCCAGGAGCAAGAGUACCGAACACACCGCUCGGUGCUGGCGGCCUGCAGCAAAUACUUCAAGAAGCUCUUCACGGCUGGGAGCCUGGCCAGCCAGCCCUACGUCUAUGAGAUUGACUUUGUCCAGCCCGAAGCUCUGGCCGCCAUCCUGGAGUUUGCCUACACCUCCACGCUCACCAUCACCGCCUCCAACGUCAAGCACAUCCUCAAUGCGGCCAGGAUGCUGGAGAUCCAGUGCAUCGUGAAUGUGUGCCUGGAGAUCAUGGAGCCUGGUGGCAGCGUCGGUGAGGAGGAUGACAAGGAGGAUGAGGAUGAGGAUGAGGAUGAUGAGGAUGAAGAUGAGGAUGAGGAGGAAGAAGAAGAAGAGGAGGAGGAAGAGGAUGACCCAGAGGACUUUGCCGACCAGGAAAACUUGCCUGACCCCCAGGACAUUACCUGCCCCCAGAGCCCCUCCAAGACAGACCAUCUCACAGAGAAGGACUAUUCGGACACACCCAGGGACUUCCCCGACUCCUUCCAGCCCGGAAGCCCUGGCCAUCUGGGAGUGAUCCGGGACUUCUCCAUUGAAUCUCUGCUGAGGGAGAACUUGUACCCCAAAGCCAACAUCCCUGACAGAGGACCCUCCUUAUCUCCGUUUGCCCCGGAAUUCUUCCCACACCUCUGGCCGGGUGACUUUGGUGCCUUUGCCCAGCUGCCUGAGCAGCCCAUGGACAGUGGGCCACUGGAUCUAGUCAUCAAGAACCGCAAAAUCAAGGAGGAGGAGAAAGAGGAGCUGGCCCCGCCCCCACCCCCUCCCUUCUCUAGCGACUUCUUCAAGGACAUGUUUCCUGACCUGCCCGGUGGGCCAUUGGGCCCCAUCAAGGCAGAGAAUGACUAUGGUGCCUAUCUCAACUUCCUGAGUGCCACCCACCUGGGGAGCCUCUUCCCACCAUGGCCGCUGGUGGAGGAGCGCAAGCUGAAGCCCAAGGCCUCUCAGCAGUGCCCCAUCUGCCACAAGGUCAUCAUGGGGGCUGGGAAGCUGCCCCGGCACAUGAGGACCCACACCGGGGAAAAACCGUACAUGUGCAGUAUCUGCGAGGUCCGCUUCACCAGGCAGGACAAACUGAAGAUCCACAUGCGGAAGCACACGGGGGAGCGGCCCUACUUGUGCAUUCACUGCAACGCCAAGUUCGUGCACAACUACGACCUCAAGAACCACAUGCGCAUCCACACGGGCGUGAGGCCCUACCAGUGCGAGUUCUGCUACAAGAGCUUCACGCGCUCCGACCACCUGCACCGCCACAUCAAGCGGCAGAGCUGCCGCAUGGCGCGACCCCGGCGUGGUCGCAAGCCCGCCGCCUGGAGGGCGGCCAGUCUGCUCUUCGGGCCCAGUGGCCCCUCCACCGACAAGGCGGCCUUCGUGAUGCCACCCGCGCUGGGCGACGUGGGUGGCCACCUGGGCGGCACGGCCGUGUGCCUCCCAGGCCCCAGCCCCGCUAAGCACUUCCUGGCCGCCCCCAAGGGCGCCCUGAGCCUGCAGGAGCUGGAACGGCAGUUCGAGGAGACGCAGAUGAAGCUGUUCGGAAGGGCGCAGCUCGAGGCCGAGAGGAACGCGGGUGGCCUCCUGGCCCUGGCGCUGGCCGAGAACGUGGCCGCCACUCGGCCCUACUUCCCGCUGCCCGACCCCUGGGCAGCAGGCCUGGCUGGCCUCCCUGGUCUCACUGGCCUCAACCACGUGGCCUCCAUGUCUGAAGCCAACAACUAGGCUGGCCCUGGUCCACCCUAGUCCCAAACCCUGUCUCAAGUUCCUCUAAGGCCUGCCCUGCCCCAUCCAGUGGGCCUGAAUUUUCUAGUUGCAAACACAAAGGGAAAAGGAAAAAAAAAAAUACAUUUUAGCUGAGAUGCGAUUCUCCUGGCCUCCGAGGGCAGCAUCUCCUUUUUUGUGGGUGUCUGAGUUAGACAUCUCUUCCCUGAGGGUUUGGAACCCCCCACCUCUCCCUGGCUGCCUCUGGUUCACAUAGAAAUACAUGGGGUGUCAGGGCUCAGAAGGUUCCGCUCUGGUGCCAGGAGCACAUCCGCAGCGGUGCUGGGCUGUGAGGAGGGUGCACUCUGCCGAGCUGGCCGGGAGGAGGUAGCAUGAGGACUGUGUCCUGGCCAGGCAUCUUGAUUGAGCCGUUUGACCCUACGGGGGAGUCCCUCUGAAUACCGCCUUUUGGAGUCAGGCUCCAGCUCAGAGGUCCUGGAUUCAAUUGAGCAAUGCUUCGGGGCUGCUGGGAGAGACCAUCCCCACUGAGCAGAAAGACCUCCAGCAGCCAGGAGCUGGCAUGGAGCGAACCCCAUUUUAUAUCCUGCUUGACCUGUGACCUUAGGAGGGUCAACCCUCUGUGCCUCAGAGUCACCCUGCUGUGAAAGGGAGUGGUAACUUACAUUCCCCUCCCCCACUUCAUACCUGUUCACACCCGUUCCUAUGACAAGAGUCCCCUGGAAGGUAGAAGUUUAGCGCCCCCCAGAGUUACUGGGGAGACUGUCUAUCUUGCUGGAGUUGGUUUUCAUCACCUCCACGUGGACGUCAGCAUGUUAGCUUCCAAGAGACAUUCGGCAGAACUAGACAGGAAGGUGAGAUGAGAGAAAGAGGCUGGGCUUCAUGGCUUUCUAAUCCCCACGGGUAGCUCCAGGAAUCCCAAAUUCUGCCUCACCAGACUGCCCCUGGAAAGGAGAGUUAGCAUUGGCACACUCCCUCAGUGUUCAGACCCCUUUUGCUAACACUCGAGGGAUGGAUGGGGCUAACAGCUACCACCUGCCUGGCUCCCCCCCCCCCCCCCCCCCCCCUCCAAAUGUCACAGAACCUAGUCAUCUAGGCCUCAGCUAUUUGCUCCUUGAGUUGAGGUUUCUCCAGGCCUGGGCUUUGCUGGUGACACCCUUCUACAGUGUUUGAGCCCCUGAUCCCCCUUUCCAUAUUUGACCAAAGGGCUCCCAUGGAAGGAGAUAGAGUCCUUUGGGAUGUGAUGGGCUGUGUUGCAAGUCACACUCGGGCUGGUUCUGGGUUGGGAGUAGUGAGACAGCUUUGCUGGCCCUUGCUUUCUUGAAUUUGUAUUUGGUUUCUUGAGAUCCCAGGAAGAAGAAUCCACCUGCUUGCAAGGCCUGGGCCUGGAGUCUCAGAGCCCCAAGCUGUGUGGGUCCACGAGACUCAGCUCUUCCUAAAUCAACUGCCUUGGCUUCUUCAUGUAUAAACACAAACGCAAAACUGCCAGAGAAGACAGUAGAUGCUAAUCCCUCUUGAAGUUCCCGAGAGAGUCCCUGCCUGCCAGUGCCACCAGAUGACAGUCUAUCAGGGAGGAUCUUCCUCAGAUACCCCAUCCUCAUCAGUCACCUGCUGGGCAGCUGCCUCUUAAAUUCCUGUCUGCAGUCCAGACAGUUGCCAAUAUGCACACUUUACCCCAGCAGCCAAGCGGCUGUAGCUGCACCAGACUCAGAACCAACAGAGGGACCCAGGGGAGGGCAUCCAGUGUCAGGCUUCUGUUUUUAUUUUGUAAAGGUAAUGACUUCUUAUAAACUCACUUUUUCAGAUGACUGGCUAGUUCUUUUUGUCGUUUGUUAUUUUUUCUUUCCUGGGCUGCCGUUUGGAAUUGUACAUUGUAAAAUAUCCAAAGAUGUUGAGUACUGUAUGAUCAAGCACUUGAAACAAAUGGUUGGGGGGAGGGGCCGCUGUGGGGGAGUUUAUUAUUAUUUUGUUUUAUGUUCCUGACUUCCCUGUCUGUCUGUGGGAGACCUUUGGAAUUUUUUCUAUUUAUAAAACUUUUUAUGUGACGCCUCUAUGUAAAAAAUGACACACAAUGAAGUUUGCCUUAGUGAUUCAAGGGACAAUCUUCCAUAACUUUGGUCGCACGCUGCAUCCUGCCCAGAAAUGCUCAGAUAAUUUUCUGGCCUAUUUAUUAAACAAUAUCAACUGACUUGAUUAAAUGAUA